AAAAUUCAUCUAGUAAGUUCUAGCUGCUAUUACCGCAAAACUAGAAGCAGUGACAGUUUUGAUUGUGUUCCUUCCGUGAUCGCGAUCGCCGGUGCCACGCUGUAGUAGGGUGUAGGUGAUCGCCGUUUGAUGCGAUUUUCGUCGCACCGGAAGUGCGAUUUCCGUCGUUUGCGACGAAAAUCGCAGUCGCAGAACCGACCCUCCAAUUUGCGGCUUCGACAAGCCGGUUGGUCGCACAGUGGUGUCAAGGCGUAAAAUGUCUGCGAAACGUUUUAGUCGCUCUUGGACUUGGCAUGAAUGCUCCGAAGGGUUUUGGAAGGCAUUCCAAGACGCCUAGCUACUGGCGCUAAAUCGUCACCGCGUUGGGGAAGAAAAAAAAGUACCCCAAUAUUACUGUGGAUAGCGCGGCACUGGAACGCGUUCCUAAAGAUGGCGUACGCGCCUUUGAGCACGAUCUGGAGAGCUUCUUUCUCGUAUUUUCCCGACCUUUGUGCGCGUAGUGCGAGGAAACAAAUAUGAAAUCUCAGUGUAUUUUCCUUGUAUUUUCUUUCUGCUCGCGAUUGUGCCGGGAUUCGCUUAGCCAACGCCUCCUACCUUGCACAAGGCCGAUGCACUUCGAUACGCAUGACGUAAUGCUACCUUGCCCGACUGCCAUAGAAUCUAAUGAGGAGGCUUGGCUUGGUGCAUUUUGAUUUGGCCCUAUAUAUUUACCUAGGCCAUGCCGUGGCUGGAAUGCAGGCGGUAGCCUGCGCGAUAACAAAUGCUUCCGAAAGCGAGGUUGACGUGGCGUCGCGGCGAUGCCCUCUUCCCUCACGCAACACCUGGUGUGCUAAUGCGGCAGCAGAUGUGUAAUGCAGCAGCAGAUGGUGCUAAUGCACCAACCGCGUACUCAAUAAAUUCUUCUGUCUGUCAUAACUAUAGCUAAAGGAUAUGAAACUUUUAAAGAAUGUACUACCAAUUGGAUCAUCUGGAUGCAUAACCUUUAUUGUUGGCAUUGGUUGCAUGAUUGUAAAUAAUUCUUCCUGCUGCAGUGCACACCUGAAACCUCCUGCCAGCUGCGGAAGAAACGGCGAAGGCAAGAGAUGGAAGAGCAAGACGACGAGAACAAGGUAAAAGCAGGAGCCAACUUUUCAACGACAGAAGUGGACAAGUCCACUUGUCGAAACGUUGGCUCCAGCUUUUACAUUGUUCUCGUUUUGCUUCUGCCAGCUGCUAUGUCCACGCAAGAUGAUGACACUGUGCUGGGCACUAUCUUGGAGCACCUAAAGAUAUCGCCGAGCUUCUGCUAGACCCAAAGGAGUUCUUCCCAAACUCCAAGAUUAUGGGUCUGGUAUCCGCUGUUAAACCCAGCGUCAUGAUCCUAGUGCCAGACACAGUGGCAUACUGCAACGGAAGGAAGAUCAGGUCAUUCAGCGAGCUGUUGAAGGACAGUGGUGUCCUAGAAGAUUUAGAUUUGUUAGUAGACGCCGUCGAAGUGGAACACUACAUGUGGGUAGUGACGCUCAUGUGGACUACUGAACAACCCGAGCACCCACCAGUUGAGCAGAGCGAAAGCGCAUUUCACAACGCCCUCUCUCUCCCUAUGAGCUAAAUGACCACGGGCACUCAUGACCUUGAAGCGGGAGACCUCGGCAUCUUCAACAUGUCUACCAAGUUCUGCUCCGCAACUGACGCUGACCAUUCGGUCGUGGUUUACCUGCAGAACAAGAUAAUACUCAAGGCCGUGAACGACAACAGCACACUGUACGAAAUGCAGGAGCCGGAGCGACGCAGGAACGUGCAGUUGUUCACAUUCUGCAGAAACAACGUGCCCCACGUAGGUCAUUCAAAGAAUAUCCUCCAAGAAAACGAUAUCAUUCGUAUUGACUACAUGUUCGGUACGGUUGGCGGCGGGAGGAGGUGUGCUGACGCCUCAUGUGGCACGGAGAAAGGGCUUCAACCGUGCACCAAACAAGUCCAUCAGAGUUUGGCCUGCUGCUGAAGGCCAGUACGGUGCAGCAAGACAUCCCUGCAGCGCCGGGCAAACUCAGCAAAGUAGCUAACUGGCCCAUCACUACCCUCGGGUCCUGCCACCUGCAAUGCUACCAUGAGCGGAAAUCCACUGCAGCUGUGCCCACCCUGGACCCUACAGUCUAUCUCUUCUCAGGCAGGAAGGGCACAGUGAUGCAAGUCUUUGUCUCUUCCGCAAUGGUGGAAGCCGAGAGGGGCAGACUAUCCGGGAAGUGACGGUCACUGUGGACUGCUUCUACAGGGACGGCAGGACGGUCCUGAGCAAACUCAGCCAAGUUUUCCAGGAGAGAGACAUCGUCAACAUCGACUGCAGUCGAACCUGGAUACAUGAAACAGCUGGAUGAUUGCGAAAUAGUUUAUUAUAGGCAGAAUUCGAUAUAUAAUAUCAUGUCAGAAAUGCUUAAAGAACUUGUACAAAUCAGUCAAUGAACUAACUUACAUGAAUAUAGGUAUAUCAUAAGAAGCCAACAAACACUGACACCAAGGACAACAUAGGGGAAAUUAUUGUGCUCAAUAAAUGAAAUAAAUAGCACUUUCUCUA